CUUCUAUUGGCUGUGGUCAUCUGUUUUCUGCCUUGCAUCACUUCCUCCCUGAAUUUGGAGGAUCCCAACGUCUGCAGCCACUGGGAGAGUUACUCAGUGACGGUGCAGGAGUCAUACGCCUACCCUUUUGAUCAGAUUUAUUACACCAGCUGCACCGACAUCCUGAACUGGUUCAAGUGCACCAGACACAGGGUGAGCUAUCGUACAGCAUAUCGCAGAGGAGAGAAAACCAUGUACCGGAGAAAAUCCCAAUGCUGUCCGGGUUUUUAUGAGAAUGGAGAGUUCUGUGCCCCAUUUUGUGCAGAGAGCUGUGUUCAUGGCCGCUGUAUGGCCCCCAACACCUGCCAGUGUGAACCGGGCUGGGGGGGCUCCAACUGCUCCAGUGCUUGUGACAGUAACCACUGGGGACCCCACUGCAGUAACAGAUGUCAGUGCCAGAACGGAGCACUGUGUAACCCCAUCACUGGAGCCUGUAUCUGCACCCCUGGAUACAGAGGCUGGCGCUGUGAGACCCAGUGUGAAAUGGGUACCUACGGAAACGGAUGCCAACAGAAAUGUCAAUGCCAGAAUGGUGCUGCCUGUCACCAUGUGACUGGAGAAUGCAGGUGCACACCAGGAUACACUGGAGCUUUCUGUGAAGACCUGUGUCCUCCAGGUAAACAUGGGCCGCAGUGUGAGGAGAGAUGUCCUUGUCAGAAUGGUGGAGUGUGUCAUCAUGUGACUGGAGAGUGCUCCUGUCCUGCAGGAUGGAUGGGUACAGUGUGUGGCCAGCCAUGUCCAGAGGGGCGAUUUGGACAGAACUGCUCCCAGGAAUGUCAGUGUCACAACAACGGCUUUUGUGUGUUGUCCACUGGACAGUGUCUUUGCACCCCUGGAUACACAGAAGAACGGUGCCAAGACGAGUGUCCUGUUGGAACUUAUGGUGCUAGCUGCGCAAAGACCUGUCGCUGUAAGAACAACAGCAAGUGCUACCACACCAACGGAAUGUGUCUGUGUGAGCCAGGGUACACAGGCGAGAUCUGUGAAGUGCGAAUGUGCCCCGAGGCGCACUACGGCCUCCGAUGUGACAGGAAGUGUCCGUGUUACCCCCAGAACACACAAAGCUGCCAUCCAAUGUCAGGGGAGUGCACAUGUCAGCCUGGCUGGUCCGGCCUCUACUGCAACGAGACGUGCACCCCUGGAUUUUAUGGCGCGUCCUGCCAGCAGGUGUGCCAGUGUCAGAAUGGUGCCGACUGCCACGGUGUGAGCGGACAGUGUAUCUGUGCUCCAGGCUUCACGGGUCCCAACUGCUCCAUCCCGUGCCCAGCCGGGACACACGGAGCGAACUGCUCCUCCAGCUGCAACUGUAAGAACAGAGCUCAGUGUUCUCCUGUGGACGGAUCGUGCUCCUGUAAACCAGGGUGGCAUGGGGUGGACUGCUCCAUCAACUGUCCCAGUGGUACCUGGGGUCUGAGCUGUAACCUCACCUGUAUGUGUGGGAAUGGUGGAUCAUGUAACGCCCUGGAUGGUCACUGUACCUGUGCUCCUGGCUGGAGAGGAAGGAAGUGUGAAGUCCACUGUCAGGAUGGCAGCUAUGGGCUUGACUGUAAGGAACAUUGUGACUGCAGUCAUGCCGAUGGAUGCCACCACUCCUCUGGUCACUGCCGCUGUCUGGCUGGAUGGACUGGUAUCCAUUGUGACAGUGUGUGUGCAGAGGGCCGCUGGGGCCCAAACUGCUCCCUCCCCUGUAACUGUAAGAAUGGAGCUUCCUGCUCACCUGACGAAGGAACCUGUGAGUGUGCUCCAGGAUACAGAGGCACCACCUGCCAGAGGAUCUGCUCCCCUGGUUACUUUGGUCACCGCUGCAGUCAGACCUGUCCACAGUGUGUCCACAGUAACGGACCGUGCCACCACAUCACAGGACAGUGUGAUUGUUUGCCGGGCUUCAAGGGGGCACUUUGCAACGAGGUUUGUCCAAGCGGUCGCUAUGGGAAGAAGUGUCUAUGGAGCUGCAGCUGCACCAACAACGGCACCUGUAACCCCAUCGAUGGUUCUUGUCAGUGUUACCCAGGAUGGAUCGGUAGUGACUGCUCCCAACCAUGUCCGCCUGGUCAGUGGGGACCCAACUGCAUCCACACAUGUAAUUGUCACAAUGGAGCCUACUGCAGCGCAUAUGAUGGAGAAUGCAAGUGCACCCCAGGAUGGACCGGACUCUACUGCACACAGCGCUGUCCUUUAGGUUUCUAUGGGAAGGAUUGUUCUCAGACCUGCCAGUGCAGGAAUGGAGCUGACUGUGAUCACAUCUCUGGACAGUGCACCUGUCGCACUGGCUUCAUGGGACGUCACUGUGAACAAAAGUGUCCUCCUGGUUCGUACGGGUAUGGCUGCCGUCAGGUCUGUGACUGUCUAAAUAACUCCACCUGUGAUCACAUGACUGGUACAUGUUACUGCAGUCCAGGCUGGAAAGGACCUCGCUGUGAUCAAGCGGGUGUGGUGGUGGUGGGCAGCCUCAACAGUUUGACCAGUGCAGCCAUGCAUGUGGACACCUACCAGAUCGGAGCCAUUGCAGGAAUCAUUGUCUUGGUUCUACUGGUCCUCUUCCUUCUUCUUCUCUUCAUCAUCUACAGGAAGAAGCAGAAGGGAAAAGAGCCCACCAUGCCAGCUGUGACCUAUACUCCUGCUAUGAGGGUCACUGCUGACUACACCAUCACAGAUGCCCACCCACCAACAUGUGAGGGUCACCCCAGCAACUACUUCUCCAACCCAAGCUACCAUACUCUGACCCAGUGCAUCAGUCCGUCACAUGUCAACAAUGGUCCUUAUGGAAAGACCAAGAACAACCAGCUGUUUGUGAACCUGAAGAAUGUAGAUCAGCGAAAAGGGAAUCCUCUAACUGAUCUCACUGGCACACUGCCCGCAGACUGGAAACAAGGGGAUUGCUUCAAUGAACUGGGAGCCUACGGAAUUGACAGAAGAUACAUGGGCAAAUCAUUACGAGAUCUGGUGAAGGGCACACCCUAUCAUGCCAGUUCCUGUUCCCUAAACAGCUCUGAAAAUCCAUAUGCAACAAUAAAGGACCCCCCCCUACUUACAACCAGAAACACUGAGUGCGGCUAUGUGGAAAUGAAGUCACCGGCCAGACGGGAUUCACCAUACGCAGAGAUCAGCAACAGCAGCCCCAACAAUAACCGGAAUGUCUAUGAAGUUGAGCCGACUGUGAGCACCAUCCCGCCCACUGGAGACGGCCGCACACAGUUUGGUCAGGAUCCAUACGAUCUACCAAAAAACAGCCACAUCCUCUCUCACUACGACCUCCUGCCGGCCAGAGAGAGUCCGUCAUCCGAGGUCAAGGAGCUGGACAGUGAAUGA